AUGGCAGGUCCCUAUCAUGGUAUGAUUGGAGAAAUUUGGGUGAUGUUGAUUGAUGAUGACAAAGAGUUUGUCACUGAGAUGACCGAUCUGUUAAUGGCUCACAAUUAUAAAGUUACAACGGUUGACAAGACUUCAACAGCAAUGUCAAUGCUCUCUAAAGAAAAGCAAAAAAUUGAUGUGAUGAUCCUCAAUGUCCAUUUAUCAAAUUCAUCUUUUGUUGACCUCUUAGCUCAAGCUGAGGCUUUAAAUAUAAUUUCACUCGUUGUAUGUGAUGAAUCCAAUGAAGUCGUUGCAAAGAAGACUUUGAAUGGUGGAGCUUAUCUUUACCUUAAAAAGCCAUUUGACAAGGAAAUUGUGAGUUACUUGUGGCAAUUUGUACUGGGUGAAAAAGUACGAAAAGAGAAAGCGAGAGAAGGAUCUGGAAAACAUAAAGAUCAGAUGAAGGUUAAGAUGAUUAGUAAUAACAAUAUUGUUGGAGAAAAUAAAGAAUCUGAAGAGAAAAAUGUGUCUUAUAGUAAGGCACAAAACAAUAAUAUUCAUGAGGCUAGAAAGGAUGUUGCAUUAAGUGGAAAAUACAUGUUACAGAGGAAGAGAGGUACAAAAGGCAUGAAACAGAAUAGCGAAGGAGAAAGGCAAAACAAUGUUAUUGAUAAGGUUGUUAGGCAAAAGGACUACAGAGAAUGGACUGAGGAUCUUCAUGUCACAUUUAUGCAAGCUGUACGCCAACUUGGGGAAGGACGAUGUUACCCUAAGGAGAUCCUGCAAGUAAUGAGUUUGCCUGGUCUUACUAGAAUGCAAGUUGCGAGCCAUUUGCAGAAAUGUCGUCGCAAUAAUUGGAGAUCUCCAAAAGAGAGAAAAUAUAUUCGUCACCUAUCAAUCCAGCGACCCAUAGUCAUUUCUCAUGAAACAAGAAGUAGCUUUCGAAAAUUUGGGGUAAUGCCUUAUCCUCAAGUAAAUGUACCAAAUCAACAACGGAACCCAAAUCAAAUUCAAAGAGGCCCAGAGUUUCCAUUUGCUACUCAUAAUACCAACAAUAUUUUUACUCAAGGAGAGAGCUCAAUUCAACAACAACUCUACCGCCCACAAUUUCAGGUUCAACCCCAUAACCUCAGCAUUGACAAUUCAUAUAAUAAUUCAUUUUUGUCUCCUCAAACUAAUGUUAGUGGUGGGAUACAACAACAACAUGGACCAUUAUUUGAAAUGUUGGGUUUACAAAGAUUACAAGACUCAAUUACUGGGAACACUAAUUUUAGGCCUGAUAUGCUACUUAACAAUGGAGAUAAUCAUAGUGAAAAAAAUUACAGCUUUAAUCUCAAUGUGGCUCAGGGAGCAACAUAUUCAGGUAGCAGAAUAGUGUCAGAUACAUAUAUUGGAAAUGCAAUAAUUAAUAACUACAACUUGAAUGUCACUGCGGACAAUGUGACAACUUAUUCAAGUAGUGCAAUGAUGUCUGACACUUAUGUUGGAAAUGUUACUAUUAAUGGUCUGAGAGGAACAAAUGUGAAUGCAAGUUCUCAACAAUAUGUGGGUGAACCAAUCAUGUAUGGUCCAAGAAAUAGUGAUGUGGCAUCAUAUGAGAAUUAUGUUGAAGGGAGUAAUUCAAAUGAGAAGGAAAAUUGUGAUGCACAUUUAAAUUUCAAUAACAUGGAUAAUCUCUUCCAGAAUCUUGGACCUUCAAGUGCUAACCUACCUAAUGAACAAGGGAGUGAGUUUGAUCAAGUUUACUUUGAUGAUCAGAUUCUUGGACUUCUAAGUGCUAACCUACCUAAUGAACUAGGCAGUGAAUUUGAUCAAGUUUACUCUGAUAAUCAGAAUCUUGAACCUCCAAGUGCUAACCUACCUAAUGAACAAGACAGUGAGUUUGAUCAAGUUUACUCUGAUGAUCAGAAUCUUGGACCUUCAAGUGCUAACCUACCUAAUGAACAAGGCAGUGAGUUUGAUCAAGUUUACUCUGAUGAUUAG